UAGGCUACUGUAAGAAACUGAGAGGACGGCGCUGAAGUUCACCAGCUGUUUUAAUGAUCGUGGGCGAUGAUCCCUCUGACUCCUGUUCCUCCUCCUUUUUGUCCCGGGCAGGUUCGGGAGACGGAGACAUGGAUGCCCAUGAAGACCACGCAGACGGUCGCCAUGGCGACACACCAAAACCGCAUGGAGUCAUCGGGUGACUUCGGCUUCACGGAUGACAACGAAGAUGAAGACGAUGACGACAGCUACGACGACGACGACAACGACGACUACGACAACGGCUACAACGACUACUACGACGAAGAGGACGAGGAUGAGUUUUCCGGCUCUGGAGACGGAGAAACAACCGUGUCACCGAAGCAAGCCCCAGAACCGUCAGCCAAGCCCGACGCCAACGACAACAAGAUCCCAGAGGUGGAGCAUCCCGAGAGACCGGCCGUCAACGAGGUGGAAAUCGUCCAGAACAGCAACGAAAUCCCACUGCUGCGGAACAAGGAGCCAGCAGAGGGCGGCGAGGAGUUUCCCUCCAACGUCCUGAUGGCCCACGCCAGCGACGACAGCAUCUUCAACAAGACGGAGGUCCUCGCAGCUGUGAUCGCCGGCUGUGCCGUCGGCCUGAUGUUCGCCGUCCUCCUCAUCCUCCUCCUCAUCUACCGCAUGAAGAAGAAGGACGAGGGCAGCUACGACCUGGGGAAGAAGCCCAUCUACAAGAAGGCGCCCACCACAGAGAUCUACGCCAGACCCGCCUCCCCCCACACACACACACACACACACACCUCACAUCCUGAACCUUUCAAACCAAACAGGGCCAGUUCUUGGCCUCUCAGUGCCUCUUCCUCCUCUUCCUCCUCGCUCUUCUUCUGACUGUACAGCGGAGAGACACUCGAUAAUUAGGAGAGAAGCCCCGCCCACGCCAUCCUCUGACUGACUGGCUCCUCCCACCUCAUGUUCACUCUCUGAACCAAUCAGACGCUUCAUUGGUCUGUUUUUCUCUGAGAUUUAAAAUCAGUUAGUUAAAAACACUAACACGGUGCAAUGAUUGAUUCUGUCUCAGUAUGGUACACGUUAACAGUCCAGUUAUUUAUUUACCCUCCUCUUCAUCAUCUCGUCUGUUGGACUGAAGCCAGGGAUUUUCCCUCCUUUCUUUUGUCUUAUUUUAUUUCAUCAGACAUUUCAGGGUUCUGGAACAACAGAAGGUCUUUGACGUCGCCGCGAAGCUGCCGUUGCUGUCCGUUUUUUUUUGUUUGUUUGUUUUUUUUAGUAGAACGCCCUGAAACCCCUGAGCAGAGACAGAAACAACAACAACAACAACAAACAGCUGACGGAGCCGAUGAGAUCUUCUGUUUUCAGGGUUGUGUUGAGCGGCAGAUUUGAGCGUUAAACUGAUGCAGGAAAAAAUUAUAUACAAAUUACUGCACGAUCCACACACACACACACACACACACUUCUAUAAAAAUCACUGCCGUGCCUCCGGGGUUUGUUUUCUGUUGUUACGCUGAAGUCGAGCUCUGAGGUUUGCGACACACCUACAUUCCACUCGCAGCGCUGCUUCGUGUGUGUGUGUGUGUGUGCCUUUAGAAAAUGGCUGGUUUUUUUUUUGCUAGCCAAAACAAUUUAUUGUGUUUAUAAGAAAGGAAUUAUUAAAAAUUUUCAUCCAAACACAAACACUGUCAUGUCCAUGCCGGACCUGUAGGUGGCGGCGUCACUGUAAACUAGAGUUUUCCCAAAUCUCGUGGAGAUUUUGUGUGAAUCAAAACUGUCUUUCUUUUUUUUUUUUUUCAAACAAAACAACAACCAUCGUUUAGUCGUAGAACAGCCAGUAGGAGGCGCCCUUAUUAAAAAAAGCUACAUCCGACCCUCGCGUUCUGGGCAUGUUGUUCACCCCGAGACACAUUUGUGUCCGUGUUUCUUUUUAAUUUUCUGAAACGUGAACAAAUCUGAGGCGACGUCACUUCCACGUUAGAUUUUCCGAUUUAGCCGCAGCUAAAUAAAAAAAAAACAUCCGUCUCCCUUAAAAAAAAAAAAACCUCAAACUGUUGUCGCGUGGGUAGAACUUUCUUAAAACGAACUUCUUGCACGUGCUCGGUGCACCGGAGCGCGGCUAAAACACUAAUCUGGAUGCAACACAACAAACCUUUUUUAGAAGUAAACGUGGGUUAGUGUGGCACCUUGAACAGAAGCAUUCAAGGUGCCACUUUCUUUUUGUCUCCGAUCAGCUGAUUUAUGCAACACUAAAAAGGGCUUGUUUUAUUUUCGCAGAAAUAACGACAAACAAAGGCAGACCUCAUCCAGUACUGUCUCUUUAAGACUCACUUUUCACUGUAACGUUCAAACUGAACGUGUUUAGACUGGUUUUUGUUUUUCCCUGAUGUUCAUGACUGUACACUGACAAUGAAGCUUACUAGCUUAGCUUAGCAAAUAUAUAUAUGUUUUUUUGUUUUUUUUAAAGUGUCGUAAAUCGCGACUUUCAGAGCAGAAACUCGUAGGUACGACGUGGAAACUUGAAAUGACAUUUUUCUUGUUUCUUGUGCUAAGCUAAGCUAACGGUAGCCUUACCACAAUGGAUCCAGUUAUUGAUUGUUGAGCUCUGAUCGGGGAAAAACUGGUAGUUUAUUUAAAAAUUUUAUUUUAUCUUUUAUGGUUUUGAUUCUUUCUCAAUAAGCUACUUUUUAUUAUUUUUUUGAAUCAUCGCUCAGUAGCCGAAGCUUCGUGACGCUCACAUUUCAGACGCUUCUGCCAAGGAUUUGUAUAAAGUCAUUGCUAUAAAAAAAAUUGAAAAACUUAAAAAAAAAAAAACGUGGUACUUAGCCGCAGCCUGGCAACGAGAAUAUCUACCAAAUAUUUAAAAGCCAAAACGUUGUUUUUUCUCUGUGAUUUUACUGUAAAUGAGAUUGGAUACGACCGAUGCUAACACUAACUCACCUCUUUUUUGGAAUUUUCUCUCAUAGAUCAACUUUUUUUUGUAUUAAUUUAACUGUCAAAUUAUUUUAUUGCCUUCUUUCAGGUCGGGGUGUUUCCCCCUUUUUUUUUUCUUUUUUUUUUAAAGCUGUUGUAUAUGUGAUUUUAAAAGUUUUAUAUUCACUAGUUUUAAGAUUUUAAUUUUUUUUUCCCAGAAACACAUAGUUUUGAAACUUUUUAUUUUGUAAGAGUUUCUAUUAUCUUUUUAGACUUUUUUUUUUUUGCUUUUAUAUUUAUGUUGUUUUUUUCUCGUUGUUCGUAGAAGGAUUGCUUAUGUGGUCGUUGUUGUGUUGACGUUCAGGAGUUUGUGUGUCGUCAGAUUCAGACUGAGGUUCAGUGACCUGGUGAAAAAGGUGAAUUGUCACGUUGGUUGUUGUUUUUUGGGGGGGCGGGGCCUCAGGUCUGGUCUGCGAUGGUGGCAGAGGAAAAACGUUGUGCUGCUUAAUGUCACAAACAUCACAUGUGAAUCACCAGUGGGGCGAAGAAGCCAAUGAAUCAUUGGCUUCUGUCUGCAGGUCCUGAUUUAUUGGAAAUAAAGCUAUUUUUAUGCACAUUAACAUUUUAAAA